AUGGCUGCCAUCUCUGCCUUACCUUCCGACGCGCAGCAGCAUCUAGCCAAACUCUCUGUCUGCGCCAUAGCUGAUGCCAUGGCGCAACUAAAAAUCCAAGGCCACAUCGUGGACGUGACUCUCCUGCGCGGCAUUACCGCCCCACUGACAGUAAAUAUCUGUGGACCUGCAUUCACGGUACAAGUCGUACCUGCCACUGGUCCUGCAGUAAGCAAAUUACCGUUUCAUUACGUAGAUUUGAUCGAGGUGGGGCAAGUUAUUGUCAUCAGUGCGCCCACAGACACUACAACUGGUGUCUUUGGUGGAUUGUUGGCCUCGGCCUCCAAGAUUCGCGGUGCUGCUGGAGUCGUUACAAACGGACGAAUUCGAGAUAUCGAGGAGAUCAGCUCGAUUUGCCUACCCAUUUUUUCCUGUGGUACUACAGUUCAUGGACAACGAGGUAGUACGAUGGUUGCGAGUGUCAAGUGCCCCGUUGUAAUAGGAGGGUGUGUUGUCCGCAACAACGACAUCAUAAGAGGUGACAUCAACGGUGUCAUUGUCAUCCCUGUUGAGCAUGCUGCUGAGAUUGCAGCUAAAGCACAAAUAAUCGAAGAGCAGGACAAUAAAAUUGCAGAUGCUGUCAAGCAAGGUGUGGGGCUACAGCAGUCCUUUCAGCAGUUCCGUCCGAAGCUUUAG